AUGGCGGCUGAAGACCAGAAAAAGCGCGGCUUGAUCAUAGUCUCCAACCGUCUUCCCCUCUCGCUCAAGAAGGUCGAUGGAAAUUUCGAGGCCAGUCUCUCCAGUGGUGGACUGGUAACAGCCCUGUCUGGCUUGACCAACUCAACGACGUUCAAAUGGUUCGGCUGGCCAGGAAUCAACAUACCAGAUCCCGAGGAGCAGAAGAGUGCAGCAGAAUCUCUGGGAGAGAAAGGCGCCAAAGGCAUCUUUCUGGAGGAGGAGCUGGGACAUGCUCAUUAUAACGGAUUCUCGAAUUCCAUUCUCUGGCCAAUCCUCCACUACCAAUCCGGUGUUGACUUCAACGAGGAAUCCUGGAAGGCCUACAAGCGCGUCAAUGAGAUCUUCGCCGAUACGGUCGCCAACGAAGCACAAGAUGGCGAUCUCAUUUGGGUGCACGAUUACCAUCUCCUGCUGUUGCCUGCGCUUCUUCGCGAACGCCUCAAGAGCCAGGGGAAGAAUUGUCCGAUUGGCUUCACGCUGCACACUCCCUUCCCUGCAGGGGACUUCUGGCGCGCGCUGCCUAUUGAGAAGGAUCUGCUCAAGGGUGUUCUUGCUUGCGAUGUGAUAGGGUUCCAUACUGAAGAGUACAAGCGUAACUUCACUGAGGCUUGCGAAAAGAGCCUGGGCGCUCGCACUACCGGCAGCAAUGAAAUCCAGUUCGAAAAUCAUCGUGCUCAUGUGGGUGUAUUUGUCGUUGGCAUCGACCCCCAGAAGUUUGACGAUGCGUUGAAAGACGAAGCGGUCGUCAAACGUAUCCAGGAGCUGGAUGAGGAGUACAAGGACAAGAUUGUCAUUAUCGGCGUGGAUCGGCUGGACUACACCAAGGGUCUGGUGCAGAAGCUCCAGGGAUUCGAAGAGUUUCUGAAGGAGCACCCCGAGCUCGCGAAGGUCGUCUUGAUUCAAGUUGCUGUUCCCAGUCGAGAGGACGUCAAGGAGUACCAGGAACUAGAAACCGAGAUAUCCACGCUCGUCGGGAAGAUCUGUGGGACCUAUGCCACCCCGGAGGGCGUACCGCUGAUCUACAUCCACCGUUCCGUGUCCUUCCCCGAGCUGACAGCGCUGUACUGCGUCGCCAAAGCCUGUCUCAUCACGUCUCGGCGGGACGGAAUGAACCUCGUGGCCUCUGAAUACGUCGCCUGUCAGGAAAAUCGAUGGGGGGUGCUGGUGCUCUCGGAACUGGCGGGCGCAGCGUCUUUCAUGCACCAUGGGAGUGUCACCUUCCAUCCAUCCAGCACGCAUGAACUGGCCAAUGCCAUCCACCAGGCGGUCACCAUGGACGAGGAGGAGAAGAAGGAGCGAUACCAAAGGCUGCGCGAAUUCGUCACGACUAACACGAGUGCCAAAUGGGGCGAGACCUUUGUGGAUGCCCUCGCAAAGCAGUCGUCUUGA